AUGUCAACCAAACCCAGCCCUCCCCUCCAAUCCCGCAGACCAGUCCUUCACGUCACAGUAGGCAGCUGGUUAAACGAUCCAUGUGCCCCGAGCUACGACGCCCACACCGACACCUACCACCUCUUCCACCAAACCAACCCCUCCAGCACACAAUGGGGCAACAUGUCCUGGGCCCACCUCACCUCCGCCGACCAGCUCACCUGGACCCCCCCAGCAGACACAGAAACCAUCGCACUGCACCCCGACCAGCCAUACGACUGCAAAGGCGUCUUCACCGGCUGCUGGGUCCCUCCCUCCUCACCCACCGACCACACGUUACGAGUGAUAUACUCAUCAGUAAAGCACCUGCCCUUCCACUGGAGCACGCCGCCAUACCCGCGAAAUGCCGCAGGCUUGGCGAUAGCGACCUCGCAGAACGGCGGGAGGACGUGGCAGAAAGAAGACGAGAAUCCGAUUCUACGAGGCGAACCUGAGUGUGUUGAAGUGACUGGGUUUCGGGAUCCGUAUCUCGCAGCUUGGCCGGCUAUGGAUCGAAUGUUGGGGAGGGAAGAGCCGUCGCUUUAUGGACUUGUAUCGGGCGGUAUUCGAGGGCGGGGCCCGACGACUUUUGUGUAUGAGGUGCCGCCGGAUGAUCCCACUUCGUGGAAACUGCAGGGAGAUUUGGUGGAGAUGCCGGAGCGAUUCCAGCCUUCGCAUCACUGGUCCGGGAACUAUGGGCUCAACUGGGAGUGCGUGAAUUUCAUGACUCUUACUUCUGGCGAGGUGUCCCGGGAAGUGCUAAUCAUCGGCGCCGAAGGCGAUGUAGAAAAGCAGCAUCUAUGGAUGUCUGGCCCGCUGGUCGAAGAAGACGGGACCGUGCGCAUGGAAUACAGCUCCGGAGGAUACCUGGACCAUGGGACGUACUACGCAGCGAAUUCAUUCGUGGAUCCCAAGACCGGACGACGGAUUGUCCAUGGAUGGAUCCCGGAAGAAGACAUCUCGGCGGAGUUCGUGGAGCGGAAAGGCUGGAACGGCUCUCUUGCCAUCCCUCGGGAGGUGUUCCUGGUGCGCAUCUUUAGGGUGGUGAAGGCGCUGCGCAGCGAGGUGCCUGAGAUCAGUGGGUUCGAGCAACAGGCUGAAGCAGACGGCUCCUUGACCCUCACAACCCUCGGUGUCCGGCCGAUUCAUGAGCUUACAAAUGCGCGAGAGCGCUGCCGGCAAAAGCUCAAAGCUGAUGUGGACACCACGUCACGAGACCAGGACAUCCGGCAACAGACCUUCCUCUUCGAAGCGACUGCAUCAACGUGGGAUCUGGAAGUAACGAUGGACAUCCACCUCGGAUGCAAGGAGGCUGGACUCUUCAUCCAUCACGACGAGAAGCACACCGUGGGGACGGCGAUCGUCUUCUCCCUUGAGCACGAGGCAAUCACAGUAGACCGCAGCCGAACCAAUACAGUCGAAAACUGCAACAGAUGCCCGGAAAAAGGCCCGUUCACGCUUUUCACCACCGCCGAAAAGGACGAGGAGCCCGUGCUCGAGAAGCUGCGAUUGCGCAUCAUCUCAGACGGAGAUGUGCUGGAAGUGUUUGCGAACGACCGCUUCGCCUUGGCCACAAUGGUGUACCGGGAGGAAGCAUCACCAUCGCAGGGCGGUAUCACCGCAUUCGCAAGCGGUGCGCCUGGGAGCACUGUCGUGGGAAGUGCGACCCUGUGGGAUGGAAUCGGCCCAACAUAG